AUGCAUCGCCUCGUUCGAGAGUCCUUCAUAUUCCAUGUCGCCACUAGCCUGCCUUUCCAGGAUGAGCAUUUGCACCAAAUGGAGAUCGAGAGCGCAUUCUGUCUAGCUGAAGAGGCCGUCUAUCCUCACUUUCUUACUGACUCGUCCUAUCACUCGGACUCACCAGUACUCGGAUUUCCACCAAAGCUAUUCCGCUGUAUUUACAUGGUAUAUCGGCUAUACCAGACAUCACAAUGGGGAUCUGUGCCAUUGGAAACGUUCCAGAAUCUGGACCACGAUCUGCUACGGUGGAACAAUCAUAUCACGGCACCCAAAUUUGACACACUACUAGACCGCAAAAGUGACCCGAUCGUCCCCAACGGCUCGAUUGUCUGCUCCUGCCCAGACAUUGAGAAACCAUCACAUCCUGCGACCUUAGGACCAAGGUUAUACAUACUAGGUUGCCGGAUUCUUCUGCACCGCAUGUCAUCGGCAUGUAAAGGCGACAAGCCCAGCUUGGGGCGACUACUGCAAGACGCUAUUACAGCGGUACAACAACUUCAACCUAAGCAGGACUACUUUGCCGAAUAUUACUGCUGGCCGCUCCUUACCAUUGGAAUGAGUUUGGAACACCCAUCAGACCAGGAUUUGCUGAUGAGCCAGGUCCACGCUUUCUGGGUCGCGACAAACAAUGGAACGAUGAGGCGACUCGCUGAUAAGCUUCUUCUGUACUGGAAAUAA